CAACUGUUGCAUCUGGAGGACAGUCUUUGAGACAGUGAAUGACAGCGAUGGCUCGUCUUACAGCUCUUCUCUUUGCCAUGUGGGUUGGUGUGACAGUGAGCACAGCGGUGGAUCUGCAGAAGAGAAUCAUCGGAGGUGCUAUAUGUCRARAUKAUGAGCGUCUGUACCAUGUCCGCCUGAGAUUCAGAAAUACAACACAUGKGRCCUYWUGUGGAGGCUCUCUGAUCAGUAACCAGUGGAUUCUGACUGCAGCUCACUGCUUASWGCCUGGAUGGAAUAUAUUCGCAGAKAUAGCAGUGCAUCCUGGUCCGAGUAGACCAGMGAUUCAAAUCACACAUCCACCUGAGAUCUUCAACGACGGCAACCAACACGACCUCAUGUUACUGAUGCUGCCUACACAAGUUGUUGGUAUCCGACCUAUAGACCUUCCCGACUGUGCACAUCCUCCCAUCGCGUGA